AUGAGCUCGAUACUGCGACUGUCGAGUAGCUCUCUUGCUGGAAUUGCGAGGGGAAGUGUCUGUCGUUCAACCGUCCGACCUGGCUUUGCAGCUUGCAGACUCGCGGCUUCCGGACGAGCAAACGCGCCAUGGCAGACGAGGAAUUUUUCGAGUACGCCACGGAUAAGGGAGAAGAAGGAUGAGAAUGAGAAGAAGGUAGAAGGCAAAUCCGCGCCGGGAACGGAGAAUCUAUACGAAGGGAAGACGCCAUUGUCUCCCACUCCAGAAGAGAAAGGAGAAGGCAAGGAGGAAGAGCAACCUUUACAAGAUGGCUAUACAUAUAUGAAUCCCCAGGAUUUGGAGGCGAUGGAGAGUAUGUUGAAGACGUGGAAGCAGGGGAUGCCACCACAGCAGGUUGCGCAUUUGGAGAAGAGCCUUGAGAUGAUGAAGAAGCAUGGGAUUCCACAGGAGUUAAGAGAGCUAGUCGAUAAAGUUCGAACCAGUGGAAAGCCAAUGACCUUGGGUGAUGCGGCAACAUUAGCUAGGUUGACGACUAAAGCGGUCUAUUCGACUCAAAAGAAGGUUUGGGAGGAAGAGAAGAGCGACAAAUUUCCCGAUUUUACCAGUAAUGAGAGGAAAUCAGGGGGUGGUGCUGGAUCUCCGCCGCCUGGAGGCAAUAAGGGUAAAGGUGGUAGUGGCCCAACGCCUGGAUUUUUGCAACUGGAUGGAGGCAACUUCCUUGUCGCGGCUUUUGCGUCGUAUCUGCUGUUCAAGCUCGUUAUGCCUGGGGAUCAGUCGAGGGAUAUUACAUACCAGGAGUUUAGAAGCACGUUUUUCGACAAAGGAUUGGUUGAGAAAUUGACCGUUAUCAAUCGCGAUCGUGUACGCGUCGAUUUACAUCGCGAAGCUACGCAGGCUAUGUAUCCUGAAUCUCCGGCGGCGAAUCCAAACUUCCACUAUUACUUUUCGAUAGGAUCGGUUGAGGCCUUCGAGCGACGCAUUGACGAGGCGCAGUCUGAGCUGCAGAUACCAAGUUCAGAACGGAUACCUGUGAGCUAUGCUACGGACACGGAUGCUUGGGCUUUGAUCUUGAGUUUUGGUCCUACGCUGCUCUUUAUUGGUGCUAUCUUUUUCUUCUCCAGGAGGGCAUCAGGUGGUGGUGGAGGUGCUAGCGGAGUCUUUGGAAUGGGAAAGAGCCGUGCUAAGCAGUUCAACCACGAGACGGAUGUCAAGGUCAAAUUCAAGGAUGUUGCCGGUAUGGACGAGGCGAAGAUGGAGAUUAUGGAGUUUGUUUCUUUCUUGAAGACUCCAGAACAGUUUGAACGACUUGGAGCAAAAAUUCCUCGUGGAGCUAUUCUUUCUGGUCCUCCUGGUACUGGUAAAACUCUUCUCGCAAAGGCUACCGCUGGAGAGUCUGCAGUACCUUUCUUCAGUGUGAGUGGUUCCGAGUUCGUGGAGAUGUUCGUUGGUGUGGGUGCUUCACGUGUUAGAGAUCUAUUCGCUAUGGCGAGAAAGAACACUCCUUGUAUUAUCUUCAUCGAUGAGAUCGACGCUAUUGGAAAAUCUCGUGGUAAGUCUGGGUCAUUAGGUGGUGGAAAUGAUGAGCGAGAAGCUACUCUUAAUCAGAUAUUGACUGAGAUGGAUGGUUUCAAUACUCAAGAGCAAGUUGUCGUUCUCGCUGGUACGAAUAGACCAGACGUUCUCGACAAGGCUCUCAUGCGACCUGGACGAUUUGACAGACAUAUUGCCAUUGAUCGACCUACGAUGGAUGGCCGAAAACAAAUCUUUAUGGUACAUUUGAAGAAGAUUGUCACGAAUGAGGACUUGGAAUAUUUGACCGGAAGACUUUCUGCUCUUACCCCUGGAUUUUCUGGUGCGGAUAUUGCGAACUGCUGUAAUGAGGCAGCUUUGAUCGCCGCCCGAACAAGCGCCAAAUCCGUUGCUAUGAUCCACUUCGAACAAGCCAUUGAGCGUGUUAUCGGAGGAUUGGAAAAGAGAUCUCUUGUCCUCUCACCCGAAGAAAAGAAAACUGUCGCCUACCACGAAGCCGGUCACGCUAUUUGCGGUUGGUACUUCAAACAUGCCGAUCCUCUCCUCAAGGUCUCCAUCAUUCCUCGUGGCCAAGGUGCACUUGGUUACGCUCAAUAUCUCCCAGCCGGCGACACUUAUCUUAUGAACGUCAACCAACUUAUGGACCGCAUGGCCAUGACCCUCGGUGGUCGUGUCUCUGAAGAACUCCACUUCGAAACCGUCACCUCUGGUGCCUCGGACGAUUUCAACAAAGUCACUCGCAUGGCCACCGCCAUGGUCACCAAAUGGGGCAUGUCCAAGAAACUCGGCCCACUCCACUUCGAAGACGACGAGAACAAGCUCCACAAACCAUUCGCCGAAGCCACAGCCCAGACCAUCGAUAGCGAAGUCCGUCGUAUUGUCGACGACGCGUACACGAAAUGUCGGAACUUGCUCGAGUCGAAGAAGAAAGAGGUCGGUCUGGUAGCUGAGGAGUUGUUAACCAAGGAGGUUAUUGGACGCGACGAUAUGGUCAGACUUCUGGGACCGAGAGAAUUUGAUGAGAAUAAGGAUUUCAUCAAGUAUUUCGGUGGUGGUCCCAUCCCGGGUGGAAAGAGCGCGCCGCCGCCGCCGCCGACGGAGAUGCCGGAGGGGGAUACGGCUGUUAUGUAG